GCCUGCCUGCCUGCCUCCCGCCUGUCUGCUGCCUGCAUUCUGUGCUGCGCUGUUCGCUGCCUGCCUAAAAAACCCUGGCCCGGCUGGCUGGCUCUGCUCCAGGCUGUUUGUCCCAGCGCACGUCUCUGUCUCUGGGGCUGGGCUGAGAGCUCACCUCCCCGGCUGCCUCCAGUCUGGUUCUCCUGAUCUGCAGGCGAGACAGAUCUCUGCUUCGCUAGCUGCCGCUCGGGCUGGGACCUCCGCUGGCUUGAUAAUCACUGCUGUGUCCCUGUUUGGGAGAGAGUGAUUGAAGAGCAGAGAGGGAGAGAGAGAAAGCGAGAGAGAUUGAAAAAUCGGGGACAUUCAUCCUUUCUUUUUUUUUUUUUUUUUUUAUCUGUAUGGGAAUGUUCCUCACUGGCCAGAACUCCACCACUUCUCUUUAAAAAUAUAUUUUUCCCUCUCUUGUGCUCUACAUCCACGGGUCUCAGCACAAGGCAGGGGAGCGUUGGAGGGAGGGACUUAGAGAAGAAGCCUUUCCUUCGUCAGUUUGCUCUUUGCUGGUUCCUUGCGUCCCACCUCGUCUUCUGUCCCACAAACUCCCCAACCGACAAACACGCUCACGCACAGUUUGAGAGUAGCUGUAGCAGACAAACAGACAGAAGUGGACAUGAGGAGGACAGGGAGAGAGCGGGCACCCCUGCCCAGGUGUUUACAGACUGGAGAUGUCAUUCACGCCACGCUGGUCAUCUCUCUAUUGCUGGGUGUGUGGUGUGCCCAGGGUCUGGAGGUGUCCACAGGGAAGGUGUCCUUCGUAGAGGCGAUGAACGGCAGCACAGUCCUGCUGCCCUGCACCUACGCCAGCUGCAUUGGCAUCAAGAACCUCUACUUCAACUGGCACUACAACGACAACGGCACCAUGAACAGGCUGUGUGAGGGCAUGAUCCCGUCGGAGGGGAUCGAGCCCAGGGUGUACGUGUAUCAUGAGAGGGUGGACUUUGUGGGUUCCAGUAAGAUCAACAACAUCUCCAUCCUGCUGUGGAACGUGACCUACGAGGACGAGGGCGAAUACGUCUGCUUCGCACGCAACCCCAAGGAGAAGAACCGCAACCACAGUGCCAUCUACAGGCUCUACGUGGUCGGAGAGCUGAAAGAGGUGGACACCACUUUAACCACCAUCAUUGUGUCUGUGGUGGGCGGAGUCAUCGGCUUGAUUAUAGUUGUCAUGGUGGUCAAAGCCCUGGUUCUGAAUUUUGUGCUCAAGGACCAGGAUAAGAACAAAGAGUGCCUUGUGAGCUCUUCAGGAAAUGACAACACAGAAAACGGAUUAUCAGGAGCCAAAGGAGAUGACAAAGCAACACCAAAGGCUUGAUGACGUCUGUGUGUUUGUAGCCAUGUGUGGACGUGCUGGAUGGAGGCACUUGCACACGUGUAUAUGUACACUCGCAUAUAUGACAGAGCUAGAGAACGAAAGAUAUAUAUAUAUAUAAAAUAUGAUAUAAUCCUACUGUAGGUGAAAACCAAUGUCAUGUAAAAUACAUAUUUUAGAUUUUGCUUGGGAUUUUGAGGUAAACAAAAGGUGUUCCUGCUGGAUCCAACACACACCAAUGACCCCUUACAAUUUUGCAAUCUGAAAAUCAGAAUGUAAAACAUGUACGUGAUAUGUCAUAGAACCAGGCUGUUACCUGGACCAUAGUGAGCCAGAACCUCUCUAGAGAACUGUGGAACCUUCUAGAAAACUUUGUGCUGUUCUCUUCCCUUCUGCACUGACCAACUAGACAGUAUCACCCACACACUGCCAUAUACUACUGACUGCCAUACUGUGUACAGUAGUUAGAUAGCACAAGAUAUGUAUACAAGAUAUAGAACAAUUCCAACCAGACAGUCACUGCUCUGACCACACGGGACCCAUGUUCAGUAUGACACUGCCCCAUGGCUGCCUGAAGCCAAAACACACUAUUGACUCAUGAUAUUGGUCCAGGUCCUGGACAUGGGACAUGGGACAUGGACCUGAGUCCUGGGGUCUGUUUCUGGUUUUGGUCCAGGUUCUGAGGAAGCUCUGAAGACUAUUAUAGGAAGUGGGAGGGUUUCAUUAGGGUCAGGGGUCACAGCCUGGGAGUUUAGGUCCAGAUUCAGGGUUCCAAUCAGUUGCUACGACUGGGCAGAGAGAGGAGAGGUCAUUGGAUCAUGUGUUGGAUCUGGCCAAGCACUUUUCUGAUCUGACUGAUUUAUUGAUUAUUUUUAUUAUUUUGCUUUAGAUGAAACACAGGUGCCUGGUCUUGCUUUUAGCUCCCUUUGUUUUAGGGAGGAAUGACACUGCUACAAAAUACCCCUUCCAAGUUUUCAAAUUCUUACCCCUUCAAAAGACAAUCCCUGGAAACAAACCUCCAUAUAGAGAAGAAUUACCUUCCUUUGCUGCUUUAAUAAUAACUAACAAAUGAUUUUUCUUAGCAUGUGUUCUGUUUUGUAUGUGCAGCACAUAGCAGCUAUGAUACCGGGUUUACCUGAGAGAAGUGUCAUAGAUGGGGGCUGAUGACGUUUGAAUUUAAGCUGACCUGUGGGAGCAGAAUGCCCCCCCCACACACACACACACACCCACCAGCGUGGUCAGGAAUCACACGAACAUCCUGUUCCUGCUGGGGGUUCUGUCUGUUGUUUACAAAGUGACUCACGCGCAUCUCAACCCUUCACGGCACCUUCCCUUUAAGUAGGUUUGUAGAAAGAAACUACAAAUAAUCCUGUAAAAGUGAACGCUGUCCUGUGACCAGCAGUACAGGGUGAAGACAGAGAUGCUGCUGGUUUUAACCUUCGGCUCUGUCGUUGUCUAUUAGUUUAGAAUCUAAGACGCCAUGGAAUUUAUACAUACCCGUCUACAAAGUGUAGUUGGAGUAACCGGAGUAUUAUCGUAGCUGCAGUAUACUGUCAGUAUUGUUAAAUGUCCAUUAGGCAAGCUUUUGAUUGUGGUGACAUUUAUUUGAGCUUAAUUUCACCAGACUGCUGACAGUAAGGAAUAUUGUAAUGAUUUAGCAUAAGCUUCAAUCCAAAGUGACAUGCGAGGGGGACAACAGGGGAACUGGAACCUGAAACUCUUUGACCUGUCGAAUGAGAGCCAUACCUUUUGUCCAUGUCACAGAAAGCUACAAAUGUCAACUGUUUUAUAGGUGAUGUUGUUUGUGGACGACUUGGGGCGUACAAUUGUCUGGGUCAACAUUGUAUCAUUAUGUUGCCACAUCGCAUUGAUGUCCCUGUUUGUGCUCUAGCUUUUUGUUGGUAGUUAUGGAUGUGAUGGGGCUCCAUAUUCAGCUACUUUACUCUUAAUCUCUCCGAUCACCACUGAUGUAGAAUGUCUUUGUGGGAGGGGAGGAGCCCGAGGAGAAUACAGGAAGUUAUGUUGUCCAGGUGAGGUUAGGGGAGGGGCCACGGUGAUUCUGAAGGAAGGCUUUGCAGUACCGGUCCUAGUACAUUUGGCGCCCUAGGCAAGAUUGAUCACCACCACCUGGGGUAACUGUGCACCUUGCAGAAGUUGUUGACUUAACAUGUGAUCAGGAGCUCUGGCCAUGGUGUGCCCAGGAUAAGCUUUUAGCCUGGGCGUUGCCAUAACAACACUCAAAUGUCUUGGGUGACAGAAUGAUGGUAUGGCUUGCUUUAUGUUGUGCAAAUGUGUGGUAUGGUGGCGCUCUGCCUGACCUGUGCACGACCUGAAAGGUCAUAGUUCAUCUUCUUGCCUUGGUUUUACCCUAAACACACCCUGUGAAUGUUAAACACGCAAGGAGGCAAUUUUUGGCUUGAUUGUAUUACCAGAAGCAGCACAUAAACACACACACAUGCUCCCCUCUCUCACUCACACACACACAUGGCUAUCAUCGCUCUCUCUCUUACUUACACACACACUGUCCUCUCUCUGUCUCUCUCUCUUACACACACACACACAAAUAGUAUAUUGCCUCCUUGUUUUGCUAGAAAAGUGUUUCUCUGAGUGAAGGAGGGACAUUCAAAGUCUUCCUUUAAGGAAAAGCAAUACUGCUGACUCGUUCCUGUCAGUGUCACUGUUGGAACAAACUGCCGUGGUCAGGGAUCAUUCAUUCACCACCAAACCAUUCAUGUAUGUCCCAGUUUUAAUUAUGUAGCUGUUUGAUCCUUGUGUGUGUCUAAUAGGACAAAUUGUAUGCUUUUCACUACAAAUUUUAGCCGAGGUGGGAUGUUAAGUUAUUAAGUUUGCCCCCCCCCCCCUCUAUCUCUGCUCCAAUCACUGCUCUUCUUUCUACUAGUAAUGCCUGCUCCAACCCCUUAUAUUACGAGCAAAUCCACAAGCUCUGAGCUCUGCUGGUCAUGCCUGAUGACUGCAGCAGAGAUGAGCUAGGCCUGUGAGAAGCCAGACGCAGUGGCGCAUCAUAUGCUGCAUGUUUUAUAAUACUGCAUGCAGCUCAACACUGCCCUCUGGUGGCAGCUUCUGGUACUCGAUCCACAGACCUCACACUUACCAGGGACACUGUUGGACACCACUGUUGCUAGGCUGGUGGGAACCACCAUGCUGAAGCUAACAGGGCAUCUGCAAAGAAAAUAAUUUGUAUUUGUCAUAAAAGAAAAUACUUCACAAAAAAUGCGAAUCUAUACAUAUAUUCAAACCAAAUUUUGUUAGAAGUUAGGAUGGGCUCUACACUACCAGUACAAACUGAAAUCUGGCAGCUGCAGGAUGGGAUUACACUCCAGGUUCCUCCUUUAGAUUUGGAUUGAAGGUAGAUUUGAUAGGAACUACCCUUACUGCCGGAGCAACCACUCCACUGCCAAGCCAGGAGUCUACUGGUCAGCUUCUCACUUCCCACAUUCCACAGCAGAGCAGACCAACAAGGCUGGUCAGGGGUCAGAUCACCUGAUCAAUCUGCCUCCAGUUCUCAACAGGAACCAUGACUUUACGUCUGACCCUGAAUCAGUGAGGUGGAGGUGUCUCAACCUCCUGCAGAAAUCUUUUUUGCCCAACUGCAUUUUAACCAGGCUGAGAAAGCCUAAGGCCCCAUGUGGUCUAGAUGUAUCUCUUCUUACAAUUGAUGUGCAGGUAAAAACAAGUUGUCAGUCAGACAGGUGGUCAGACAGACAGGUGACCAGACAGACAGGUGGUCAGUCAGACAUGUGGUCAUACAGACAGGUGAUCAGACAGACAUGUGGUCAGACAGACAGGUGGUCAGACAGACAGGUGGUCAGACAGACAGGUGGUCAGACAUGGAGGUCUGGUCUGAGUACACACCACCCUCUCUGUAACGGGGUCACUGACUGGACUGUCACCACGCUCGCCUGACCACAUCUACAAUGAAAGUCUAACCUUCCUCUGUACCUGUAUUCUGUAUGUUCAUCCUCCUCGUGGCUAUGCACCUCAAAGUAUAUAAGGGAAAUACCAGUUUGAAUAAAAAUGACAGAUAAUUGUGAACAUA